UCGCUGCGCGCUCGGGCGCCGGCGCCAUGGCGGAUCGGCUAACGCAGCUGCAGGACGCGGUGAACUCGCUCGCAGACCAGUUCUGUAACGCCAUCGGAGUAUUGCAGCAGUGUGGCCCCCCAGCCUCUUUCAGCAACAUUCAGACAGCAAUAAACAAAGAUCAGCCUGCUAACCCGACAGAAGAGUACGCCCAACUGUUCGCAGCAUUGAUUGCACGAACUGCAAAAGAUAUUGAUGUUCUAAUAGAUUCCCUGCCUAGUGAAGAAUCGACAGCAGCUUUGCAGGCUGCUAGUCUGUAUCGAUUAGAAGAAGAAAAUCAUGAAGCAGCUGCCCGUCUGGAAGAGGUAGUUUAUCGUGGGGAUAUGCUGCUGGAAAAGAUACAGAGUGCCCUGGCAGAUAUCGCCCAGUCGCAGCUGAAGACGAGGAGCGGUACGCAUAGCCAGCUCCUUCCAGACUCAUAGCACCAGGCGGCAGCGUGCCCCUGCGAAACCCAGUGGUGGCAAGUCGUGCUGGAAACACAGCUCAGUUCCCACAGGGAGCUCUUGACACCCAGCCUGGCUCUCAUGGGACUCUUGUGUGCUCUGAUUGUCAGUAACAACGUCUUUUAUCAAAGCUCAAACUACAGGUUUUGUGCAAGAAAUGCUUCUACUGUAGAAUAGGUGGUUGUGUUCUAGAAUUAUGUGUCCUGAUGUAUGUUUCCUUGACUUAAAAUACUAAUUUCUGAGCUUUCUUUUCUGUUCAUAAAUAUGUCUGAUUUCAGUCUUAUUUGUUAUCUUCAUUACACAGGCCUUAGUCCCUAAAGGGAAUUCAGAAGGAAAAUACAUUAAGAGUAUUUGUGUAAUUUGCUCACUCUUAAUUUCAAACUUUUAUGUUCUUCUUGUAUUUUUUGUAAGGCUCAAACACAGACACACUUGAAUUUGCCGGAGUUCCAUGGAGACAGUGCUAGACAGUGAUGUGUAUACAGUGGUGGCCAUCUGUUUUAAUUAACAGAAAUGGUAAUUAAACAUUUGUGUUACUACUUGGCUGGUUUACCACCCUUUACAGAGCAAGUAAAGGGAUAAGUAAACUCUUAAUGUUUGCAGAGUAAGUGUUCUUGCUAUUGGCAUCUCAUUUAAAAAAAAUAAAUCUGCAGGUAUCUGAUAUUGGCAUUUAUUAUUGUUCGUAAUUCACAAAUGGGUCUUCAGCUCCAUUACUGCCACUGAUAAGCUUACUCUUACUUGCUCAUGCCACUUCUCUGCUUCUGCUGAAUAUUCUGCAUUCUCGUGGCAGCUGAUGAAUGCCUCUAAAGCAGACAGUAAUAAGGAAGCAUUGGAUGACUGGGAAGAAAUUAGCAAUGAGGAAACAAAGUAACUUAUUACAUAAUGUUGCUUUUCCGUGUAAGCGGUGGCUGCCACCGUGAAUGCUGUGAUCGUAAGCAGCAAGAGGCCUGUCAUCCCCAAUGUGCUGUAGAGAGUUGUUUGUUUUUAUCUUCACACAUUGAAUCACUGAAUACAUUUUUGCUUCUCAUCUUAGGACUGUAGAAAUACCAGCAUCUCUUUAUAUUUGAAAAAAAAAGAACAAACACCACCAGAUAAUGUAGGGUUCAGUGCAUGAACUUGGAGAUGACCUGUUAGUCAUUUUCUGGUUUUUUUGAGUUAGCAGCCUUGCGUUACUGUAGGAUGCUGUUUAUUGCCACAUAACAUCUGCUCAUUUCCUCAUCAAAACUACCUACUUCUCUAUAUGGUGGGCAUGGUGGUGUUGGGUUGAUGGUUGGACUCUAUGAUCUUAAAGGUCUUUUCCAACCUAAACGAUUCUAUGAUUCUAUAUUGGAUAUACUGUUAUUAACUUGAAAGUUACACAUGUUGCUCUUGCGUAUAGACAGGUAAGGGCAAUUCAAAUGUCUUUAGCAUGCUGAUUCUUAAGGAAUUAGAUGCAGCUGCUCACUAGACUGCACCUGUGAAAGGAAGAGUAUAGCAUGGCACAGGAUACAUCUUGUAUACAGCCUGUUUUGAGGAUUAAAAAAUACAAAGCUGUUCCUACCUGUUACAAAUACUAAAACUGAAGUAUUUAAUCAGACUGGUAUUUAAUUAAAUAUUUAAUAUUAUUUUGUCAAAUUUGCAUAUCUGUAGUCAUAAAUUUAAUCUAUUGUGAGGCUCUUGUACUAUCCAGAUUCUACAGAAGGAAAAACAGUUGGGGAGGUGAACAGGCUACAGCACAGUCCCAGUUCUGUAACGGGAUCUUUAUCAAGAAUAACUGGGCUGUGGCGAUUUGCUAAGCUGUCUAAAUAUGCCUAUGUCCUGGGGAGGCUUGAGGGGCCAGAUUUUCAUUUGAAGUCAGUCAUGGGGCCUGUUUUCGGUUUUGUUUUUUUCUAGAAAAACUGCACCCAGUGCAUCUCAAGUUGGUUGGGGGGUGGGGUAGAUUUUUGUUGUUGUUGUUUGUUUGCUUUUUAAACUAGUGGACUUUGAAAACUUAGAGUGAAAUGUUUGGGCUUUGCUUGUGGAUUUCUUUUGUUUGUUUUGUAUUGAGGUGUCUUAAUUUGAGAUUUUUAUGUUGCUGGAAAAGGGGGUAGAUCUUCAUAGUAGACUCCCUGGUAUAGCUUAACAUGUGCAUCACCUCAAACUUGUUAACUUGGAAACUUUUUGCUGUGGGAGAUGGUGUACAUCUUCAGUAACAAUACAGUUCUUUUAAUUUCAUAUAUUUCUAUUUUUUGUGCUUGGAAACGGCUGUAUUUCUGCAGCCUGGUACUGCCUAACUGUAGAAGCUUUUUCUUUUAGUUGCUGUUUAUUUGAAUAUGCUAGCCCACUUUAUGUUAAAAUGUGUAUUGGUAUCACACAGUUAAUUACACUUUAGAAGCAAACCUUAACCAGAGGUAUAAGCUUAGUAAGUAUGUUUGGUUUUUCAGGUACUUUACCUUUGUGUAGUUCAGUGAAUAUUGCGAGUUUAAUAGAGAUGCAGUUUGCAAUACAGUUAAAAACAAGUAACACAGUAAAGCAAGAGAGCCGAAAUUGCUCUUUUUUGCCUUGAGAAAUAAUGUAAUGUAAUGUUUUAGUGAGUGAGUAGUACUGUAAGAUGCAUGACCUCACUAGUUCUUGUAUGUUGUGUUGCUGGACUAGCUGUUGUAAAUCUUUACCUGCUCUUUUACAGUCUGCAGCUCAGCCAGUAAGGUUGUAUAUCUUUUGUUGGGCUCUGAGACAAAGAAGGGGGAAAAAUGCCAAUUUGCUACAGCUGUCUAACGGACAAAGCAUUAGAUUGGGGCUUGGAGAUGCGGAUUCCUUUCCACUUUAUCAUAGAUGUGCUGAUUUGUCCAGCCCCUGCUGUUGGGGUUUAAACAUCUCUGUUUAAAAAGCAGCGUGUGAUGGUAGUGAUCUCCGUAGGAGGGUACUCGUGCAAGAAUUGUAGGGCAUGCAGGAUUACUGUGUCUGUACUAUUUAGCACCCCAACUUCCAGUACAAAUAAAAAAAAAGAGGAGGGGAGGCAAAUGCCUUUCAAAAAAGGCAUUUUAUUUUCCUUGAGAAGUCUUGACUGCCUCCAAACUUUUAAUACUGAAGAGAGGAAGGGUGGGGGAGAAAAAAACCCUUCAUAACAGCUUCUAACAAACAUAUCAGGUUACCUGUGAGAGAGCUGUAAAAGGAAGCUUUGGUUGAGACAAGAGAAUAAAUGGAGGUAAAGCAUCAUGGGAAGAAAACAAAAGUAUUGAGCAAGAUAUAAAAUGGUUCUGCAUAUUAUGCUGGACAAGGAGUACUGCUCAGUGAACAAACUGUGCUUUGAAGAAAGAUAGCACAGAGCAUAAUGGAAAAUUCCAUUGAAAAACAAUCUCAACCACUUCAAGUGAGCAGGAGUAUCUCAUGCUGAGAAUCCAUAUAGCCCACUGGCAAAGAUGUUGGAAUCAAUUUAGUAAAUAUAAGUGGCUGAUCAAAGCCUAGUAUUCUUUACUAUAAACAACCAUGCUCAGAGGAAAGGAACAUGUUGCAGCAGCUGUUCUCACUUUCAGAUACAAGAAUAGGGAGGAAUUUGUACACUUGUUUUUAAAGAUACUGGGAAAAGUGCAUUAACAAUGUUUUAGCUUCUUGUCUUUUAUGAAGUUAAUCCUGGCUUGCU